UCCGGAAAUGUACAACACAAGCCUGGUGCAACUUCGAAAGGCUCAUCGAUUCAUUUAGUUGGGUUACAGAUUUGAUGUAGACUACACACGGUUUUAGUGGGGUUUCGUCCGAUGAGUAAAGCUACAGGACACUCCCAUUCUUCCCAUAGGCUACGUCUGAAAUACCGCUGUGGAAAAAGAAAAGUGUAGCUCUCGGCCAUGAAAAAGACUGUCGGUGAACGUAGAGCGUCAAGAAGAAAUCACUAAGAAAAAAAAACAGAAGGCGUUAAAAAUCUCUGGAAUUCGGCUGUUUCCAGUAUAAAAAAUGGGUUUGGCGUGCGUACGUCGGAAUAUCUGAUGGGCAAAAGGAUACAGGGUUUAAGCAGUUAAAUUGUAACAUUGUUGCGUGUUCGCAAACUAACUUUCAAUUGUUUGACUUUGGAGUCGCAACCUUGGCACCAGCACCAGGUUCGUUUAACCAAGGCGGCUGCGGAAGGAAGCAUAUUGAGCAAGUCAUGUCGUCAGAGGGGGAAAGAUACAAACUGGUGGUCGUAGGCGGUGGUGGUGUGGGGAAGAGUGCCCUAACCAUUCAGUUCAUUCAGUCAUACUUUGUAUCUGACUAUGACCCAACCAUUGAGGACUCUUACACCAAAAUCUGCACUGUGGAUGGGAAAGAAACACGAUUAGACAUUUUGGAUACAGCAGGUCAAGAAGAGUUUGGAGCUAUGAGAGAACAGUAUAUGCGUUCAGGAGAGGGAUUCUUGCUGGUCUUUGCUCUGAAUGAUGGCGGAAGUUACAAUGAAAUCCAGAAGUUUCACACACAGAUUCUGCGGGUAAAGGACAGAGACGACUUCCCCAUGGUGCUCGUUGGUAACAAAUCUGAUCUGGACCAACACAGAGUGGUUUCCAAAGAAGAGGCCAUGGCAUUCGCUAGAGAGAACCGGAUCCACUAUAUGGAGUCAUCAGCAAAGAACCGCCACAAUGUGGAUGAAGCUUUUCUGGAAGUGGUGCGAGCAAUAAGAAAGUUUCAGGAAACGGAGAGUCCCCCGCAGCUCGCAAAUCAUGCUAGGAAGCAGAAGAGUGGUGGCUGUCCCUGCACUAUUCUCUGACUGCUUCUUCAUACUGUCGCCAAGGAGACUGAAGCCCCCACACUCAUGUUUGUCUGUGUGUGUGUGUGAGAGAGGGGGGGGGGGACUGAUUCAGUGGUGAGUUAUUCAGUGUCUAAGAAUGCUUAUUGUGGCAUUAUAUGUGCCGAAUGUAAGUGCACAAAAGUGUGUGCAUGCAUGAAUGCUUUGUCAUAGUAGAGGGUGCAUACAUGGUAAUGAGAAGUGAUUCUCUUGAAGAGGUUGCAGUAGUGUUUUACAGUUUAUUUUUCAUCUGCACUUUCUAGAAUAUUUCUCUCUUCUGUAUUGGUAACAGUUUGGUUAUUUUUCAGUUAACAUUAAAAAAAAAAAAAAAAAAGAUCGAGACAGUUUAUGGUCCUGUCCAGAAUAAUCACAACUAGACAGCGGAGCGUGACAAAACAGUAUGUUUCUUGUGUAUAUACACAGUCGCUGGCUACUUGGAUGCAGGUAUUUUGUGCAAAUCAUAAUAGAAGUCAAGAAUUAAAGGAUUUUCCCUUAACACAUCACUUAUUUUUAAACUUACACAAAUAUACAUCCAAAAUGGCUCUCUCUCUCCUUAACUAGUACUGGGUUAUGGGAAUAAGAUAAUCCCCUUUAAGGUGUGAGCUGGUGAUGGAGACCUGAGUUUGCUAACACUUAUCAGAGUAGUUCCCACUCUCUAGUCCAGGAGUGAAUAUGCAAGUUACAACCCACUGGAGUCAUGCCAUAUUGAGUCAUUAUUUCUUAGCCCUUUAUCUACAGUGCUGGCCUUCAAGAAUUGGCUUUUAAUUCACAUUUAAAUCAAGCCAGAGCUCUGGUCCCUAGUCAUUCCCUUCCCCUGUAUGUCUUGGGGAGCAACCUGAGACCCUGACUAUCAGCUUUCUCUGAAUAAUGCUGCUGUACUAGGACAAGCUACUCUGCCUCCCAUACUGUGUUCGAUACAGAAAACCUG